UGAUCAACCAAUCAUGAAUCUCCAACUUUCCUCCACACUGCCUUCCUAAUCGGGACCUUAGACAGCUCCACACUAAAACGCAGCAAGAAACAGCCCGCACGAUUAACGCUGCAUUUCACACCGUCUAAAACAUCUUGACAAAAACAUAUAAACAACUUCGACUAAUCACGCAAUCCCUCAAAAUGCCUCCUACAAAGCUUCCCGAGUCUGGAAACCCUCUUGUCUUUCUUGACAUUACUCUCGGAGGUGAGCCUCUUGGCCGCAUCCAGAUCGAACUCUUCAAGGAUGUCGUACCAAAGACAGCUGAGAACUUCCGUCAGUUCUGCACCGGCGAGAGCAAGAAUAGUGCCGGUCGUCCCCAGGGGUACAAGGGCUCCAAGUUCCACCGCAUAAUCCCAAACUUCAUGUGCCAAGGCGGUGACUUUCUCAAUAACGAUGGUUCAGGGUCGACCUGCAUUUGGGGCUACAAGAACUUUGAGGACGAGAACUUCACUCUCAAACAUGAUCAGCCUGGCCUCCUAUCCAUGGCUAAUGCUGGACCUAACACUAAUGGGUCCCAAUUCUUCAUCACCACUGUUCCCACACCUUUCCUCGACAACAAGCAUGUCGUCUUUGGCAAGGUCGUCGACGGCAUGGACGUGGUAAAGAAGAUGGAGGCUACCAAAACUGGCUAUGCUGCCCCGGAUAGGCCGAACCUCGACGUGGUCAUCUCCCAGUGUGGUGAAAUGUAAACGUUGAUGGUGUUGCCGGCUUUGUGGAGUGUCUCUUGUUGGAAGACACAAGGAGAUACGGGACUGUAAAACACGAUCUGGUGCUGGGAAGACCGAGAUCUGGAUCAGUAGAGAUACCCAUCCCGAAUACAUAUCUCGAUGUGCCCCUUGCUCGGCGCUUUUUAUGUCUGUGAUUUGUUACACUCGUGUCUCUCGAGGUAAAUUACAUGCAGCUUGUAUCACAAAUCAAGGCUCGGCAUCUGAUAUCAUCCUCCCUAUACCACAAGUUGGGUCUUGAGAAUCCUAUGAUAUUGAACGUGUAGGAGUUUG